CUUCCUCCGCGGCCGCCCCGUCCCGCGGGGGCCACUCAGGAGCCAGCAGCCGGGCUGCUCUUAAAGGAGAAACGGCGACGGGCGCGGAAGGUGGGCCCCGUCCUCACACCGCGGUCCCGCCCGCGCUCGGCGGCGGCGCAGGCGCCGUGGAAGCUGGGCCCCGGCCCAUGGCCGCCUCCCCGGCGGAGGCCGACGCCUCCCGCAGGCGGCGGGAGAAGCGGCGGCAGCUGGACGCGCGCCGCAGCAAGUGUCGCAUCCGCCUGGGCGGCCACAUGGAGCAGUGGUGCCUCCUCAAGGAGCAGCUGGGCUUCUCCCUGCACUCGCAGCUCGCCAAGUUCCUGCUGGACCGGUACACCUCUCCGGGCUGUGUGCUCUGUGCAGGUGCUAAGCCUUUGCCCCCCCAGGGACUGCAGUGUCUGGUGCUCCUCUCUCAUGCCCACAGCCAGGAGUGCAGCCUGCUGCCCGGGCUGCGGGGGCCCGAGGGCCGCGAUGGUGGGCUUGUGUGGGAGUGCUCCGCGGGCCACACCUUCUCCUGGGGCCCCUCCUCAGGCCCCACGCCUCCAGCGGAGCCCACGCCAGCCCUCCCUCCGAGUGCUUCCCAGAGGAGCUGGCGCCCAGAGGCCAGGGGUGGGCAGGAGCCCGCAGGUUUGGAUUCUGAACAUGAGGAGAGGCCUCAGGAGGCGAGGCUGCCCAGGGAAAUGGGACCCUCGCCCGAGUCCUUCCCGCCUCCAGGAGACGGCGAGGGGGAGGAUGAAGAUGAGAGCGAAGAGGAGGGGCUCAGUGACGCCAGCCCCUGGACCUACAGCUCCUCCUCAGACAAUUGUGAGCCAGAUGCCCCCGGACCACACCCUUCCCCUGCCACCCAGGCCCUUACGGAGGGAGAGGCCCCUCCGGCCCCCGCGGCUGCCCCCGCGGCUGCCCCCGCCCCGCCCGCUGCGCCGCCCUCCGCGGCACCCUCCCUGGGUUCCGGAGCCCCUCUGCCUGAGGAAGGUGAGGGGGAGCCGGCGCGCGAUCGCACCCCUCACGGGGCCCAGCACACCGAGCCCCCGGCCAGCCCUGGGAGUCAGGUCCAGUCUGCUCCGGCGGGAGCCUGGGAUGAGGACAGUGCACAGAUUGGCCCCAAGAGAAUCAGGAAAGCUGCCAAAAAGGAGCUGCUGCCCUGUGACUACCCUGGCUGCGGGAGGAUCUUCUCCAACCGGCAGUAUUUGAACCACCACAAGAAGUACCAGCACAUCCACCAGAAGUCCUUCUCCUGCCCGGAGCCCGCCUGCGGGAAGUCCUUCAACUUCAAGAAGCACCUGAAGGAGCACGUGAAGCUGCACAGUGACACCCGGGACUACAUCUGUGAAUUCUGCGCCCGGUCUUUCCGCACCAGCAGCAACCUGGUCAUCCACCGGCGCAUCCACACUGGAGAGAAGCCGCUGCAGUGUGAGAUCUGCGGGUUCACCUGCCGCCAGAAGGCCUCCCUGAACUGGCACCGGCGCAAGCACGCCGAGACCGCGGCCACCCUGCGCUUCCCCUGCCAGCUCUGCGGCAAGUGCUUCGAGAAGCCGGACAGCGUGGCCGCUCACUGCAGCAAGAGCCACCCAGCGCCGCUCCCAGCCCCGCCAGCGCCGCUCCCAGCCCCGCCAGAGCCGCCCAGCCCGAGGAGCCCCGCCCCAGGGUCCCCCCCUGCGCCCUCGGGUUCCUCAGGCUCCGACCCUGCUUCCUAA